GUGCUCAAAGCCGUGGAACUACCAUGCACACAGGAUCCAUGUGAGAACAGAACUGCACAUACAAACAAUAGCUCUGCUCUACCGUUGUAGCAUCAUUUGCUAAACACGACAAGCGCAGUAGGAUUGUGAAUUAGAUGCAAUUUGUGAAGAAUCAGUAGGUCACCUAAUAACUGCCAGUUUUUUUCGUGCAGUUUGAAUUUUCUUCUUUAUCUGGAUACUCAAGUGAAACAAUCAUGGUUGCGAUGACGAAAAGAGUGAAGGUCCUCGAGAUCGUCUUCAACGAUCCGUCGAAAACUUUUUACUGCAGCGGGGACAAAGUCGCUGGGAAGAUUAUUGUAGAAGUGUCCGAGGUUACUAGAGUCUCGGCCAUGAGGGUCCUUGGAAUCGGAUGCGCCAAAGUGGAGUACGCAAAAGGAAAACAGAGAUGCCGUGAGGAAAUCGACUACCUGAAGUAUGAGGAGGUUGUUCAUCUGGAUGACCAUCCAGCUGACUCUGAUGGCUCGGUUAUCCUCAGACCAGGCAACAAAUAUGAGUACACCUUUGGAUUUGAGCUUCCUCCACAAGGGCAGAUUGUGUCUUCCUACAAAGGCAAAUUUGGAUAUGUGCAUUACUUUGUGAAGGCUCUUCUGGAGAGACCAGCUCAGCCUGCCCUGGAGUGCAAGAAGCACUUUGAGGUGGAGGAGCCAAUUGAUGUGAACACCCCAGAUCUUCUGUCACCCACAGGUGGCAUGAAGGAGAAGAAAGUCACCUGCAUGUUCAUUCCCGACGGUCAGGUGUCCCUGAACGCACAGAUCGACAGACGCGGCUUCUGUGAAGGCGAAGAAAUCUGCAUCGAUGCCAAGUUUGAGAACACAUGCUCUCGUAUCGUUGUUCCCAAGGCAGCCAUUGUGGCCAAGCACACCUACCAGGCCAAUGGCAGGACCAAAGUCUUCAGACAGAAGCUAUCCUCAGUGCGUGGCAACCACAUCAUCUCAGGCAUGUGCGAUGCGUGGCAGGGGAAGACCAUUCGCGUGCCCAAGAUCAAGCCCUCCAUCCUUGGAUGUAACAUCAUCCGCGUGGAGUACGCUCUCAUGAUCUAUAUGCACAUUCCUGGCAGUGACAAGCUGGUUCUGGAACUCCCCCUGGUCAUUGGCACCGUGCCUUACAAUGGCUUUGGCAGCAGAACCAACAGCAUGAGCAGUCAGGAGGGCUCAGUUAGCACAGCAUCCGCUAGCUGGGUGUCCCUCCGCAUGCCUUCGGCACCACCGAGUUACUGCGACGUGACACGGGACUGCCGCCUGGACACACCCCUCACACCUCUGCUGGAUGACUACGAUGGUGGAGACAGCCCCAUCUUCAUGAAUACACCCCAGUUCCAGUUCCCACCUCUGCCAGCCUACUCUGAGGUUGAAGAGGAAUACAACGGCAAUGCUCGCAUGCUGCAAGUCUGUUGAACAGACAGACUGCACUUCUAGAACUCUUGGCCGUUAUAAAAGAGCCACUUUCUUCUCUAGGCACUUAUGAAUUUCACUUCAAAAGGAACAAAGAGAAAGACUGACAUUAGGAGAACUAAUGUUAGAUGAGAACGAGAAGGUGCGAAAAAGGUUUGAGGUCGAAGUUUGCUGAACGAGAUGAGACCGGGCGAGGAAGAGAGGAAGUCGAGGGCGAUUCCGGGACGAAGAAUCUGAAGUCUGUGCUUUUUCUUUUAUGUGCCUGCGCUGUUGACCAUACUGAAAUCUGGCAUUAUUUGCAUCUGAGGCAGUCAACGUUGGACCGUUGCUGUAAAGAGUCUCAGCGCGCCCAAUUUGAAAAUCCACAUUACUACGUGUGGUUUGCUGUAUUCCACUGUAUAAGCUGCUCCUCUUGAGAGAUGAGAUUACUGCUGAAAGUAAUGAGAAGAGGGAUCAUAUCAUAGCCAUGUAGACACUCCUAGACUUUUCCUUUUGGGGGCCAAGCAAUUUCUUUUCCGUCCCCAACUGACAAAAACAAGCUCUUAGCCCGUUUUUUUUUUAGCUCGUUUUUGUUGUGUCCGUCCUUGAUCAUGUUUUUAGAAUCAUUCCAUGGAAUUCCUAUUUUAUCUGUUUUGGGAUUUCAUUAGGCGAACCAGCUUUAGCACAUAUUCAUUCAUAUCUCUUUGAUUCUUUGGUAGAUUAUGUCAGGGACGCGAUGGAAAGUUUUGAACCGAUGUUAUCAAGGGACACUCAUGCAGGGUCCAUUUAUUGGUUUGUUACCAGUUUGUUUUGUUUUAUUUUUAAUUUCUUUUGUGAUGCACUUUCUUAUGGAUGCAACAUGCUCUAUAACUGCCUGCAGGAAAGAUACCUGUGUUUUAGGUUGUAGAUAUUUUUGUUGUCUCUGUUUUUGUCUAAGUCUUCCAAUGCUAUCCUUCCUGUGGGAUGAGCAUGCAAUUCACAUACAGUCCGUGUCACCAGGACCCACCACUGUAUUGUAUCAUAAACCUCAACUUGUCAAGGGCUUUUGCCGAUUCUUCCCUCGCUUGAAUGAGGGCUUACUAUAAAGGCCAUAAAGAUUCACUUGACACUACAAAGUGCCAAAGACUGGAGGCUUGCAUUUAGGCUUCAAGUCCGUACCACAUAUGUUGACAAGAAACCACACUUGUAUGCAAACAUUGUGAAUUUGGAUUUACUUUCGAUAACAUUUCACUUGAGUGACCAUGUUCUUCCUUACUGUGUGUUCUUGAGUGCUUAAUAACUGUUAUUGUAAGAGUGACCUGUGAGAGGAAAAAAUGCUUCAUGUUUUGUUUUCUCUUUUGUACGUAUAUCUUAUUGAAAACUAUUUUUUGUAUGAGACCCUGUGGGUUAGUUUUCAAAUAAAAUAUUGAAAAUGAUCCUUA